AUGGAUGCCAAUUUAUCAGUCAUGCAUGAGCCAUCGUUGCUUGAAAUCCUUCAAAUCCAGUAUCCUAAUGUACUCUCGGCACAGUCAAUGGGCGCUGACCACGCAAAAAUUCCCACGAUUCAGUCUGUAAAGGAUUUGAUCGACGUCCGAACAACGGUAUUCCUACGAAACUUUCUCCCAGGAUGGCAGGACUCUGGACUUCUUGACCAUAUGAGCCAUGCACCACCCAAAGUCAAGACACCUAAAGCUGGAAACAACAUUCUUGUACCGUUAGAAGCUCUUGGCAUGGCUCAAGAAGUGUGUCUACGGCUGACCCAAAUCGUCCAGUAUCUUCAUCUUGUCAAGGGCAUAUAUCUGCUCAGAAUUGACAGGAUAAGAGGGAAACAAACUUCCAAUUACAGGGGACAGCGAUUAGACUCUCUUGCCAUAGAGUCACUUCUAAGGAAUAUCUAUGUGGAUUGGGAUGAAUUGGAUGGGCUGUCACAGUCAGCACUUACGCAGAAGCAGAGGAAAGCGAAUAAGCAGGCCAAACGGUGGUUACUUAUCGCCUCGAGAUUAUCAUUUGGCGUGCUCCUCAUUGGGUCCAGGCUCUUUGAGCGUCAGAUGUGA